GCUUCGCGAGCGCUAGACCUCGAGCUGUCUCCAUUUCCGAGCGCCCACUUUCGAAAUGGCAGACGGAAGGAAGCUGGAGAUUGGGGCGAGCUCGAGGCCAAUUUAAGGACGUUACACAAUUUCCGAUCCGGAUGCAAGAUGGCUGCGCCCAGUGGUGCAUUCCAACCUCGUGAGCGCCGGGCUGCGGAGCAGGAAGAGGACUGGGAUGCUGUGGCGCCCAAGCGGCCCCGACUUGGGGCGGGUAGCAAGAUCGGAGGCCGUAGGCUCAUUGUGGUGCUGGAAGGAGCCAGUCUGGAGACAGUCAAGGUGGGGAAGACGUAUGAGCUGCUCAACUGUGACAAGCACAAGUCCAUCUUGUUGAAGAAUGGCCGGGACCCUGGGGAAGUGAGGCCGGACAUAGCUCACCAGAGUUUACUGAUGCUGAUGGACAGUCCCCUGAACCGGGCGGGCUUGCUCCAGGUUUACAUCCAUACGCAGAAGAAUGUGCUGAUUGAAGUGAACCCCCAGACUCGAAUUCCCAGAACCUUUGACCGCUUUUGUGGCCUCAUGGUUCAGCUUUUACACAAACUCAGCGUUCGAGCUGCUGAUGGCCCCCAGAAGCUCUUGAAGGUGAUUAAGAAUCCAGUGUCAGACCACUUCCCAGUUGGGUGUAUGAAAAUUGGCACUUCUUUUUCUGUCCCGGUCGUCAGUGAUGUGCGAGAACUGGCGCCCAGCAGUGACCCCAUUGUCUUUGUGGUGGGGGCCUUUGCCCAUGGCAAGGUAGCCGUGGAGUACACAGAGAAGAUGGUGUCCAUCAGCAACUACCCGCUCUCUGCUGCCCUCACCUGUGCAAAAGUCACCACCGCCUUUGAAGAAGCGUGGGGGGUCGUCUGACAGCAGAGCCCGGUCCCAACAGACACUGCGAAUGUUGCUUCCCGCCCCUGUCCUCAGUUGACUGCUGGAAGACCCCCACCCCCGCACCCAAACUGGGGUCUGCGGAAGUCCAGGCUGUACGCCUG